AUUUCAAGUCUUUUUGUCUUCAAACUACUUUCUCUCUUCUUCCCAUUUCUUCAUAUUUCUCUCUUCUUCCCAUAUAUGGAUAUAGAUUCCUACAGUGGCAUCUUGCGUCUAAUAAGCUGCAUCUAUUAUCUUCCUAUGAAUGAACAUGUAUUCUCAAAAUGUUUUUUUCAUUAUCAAUGCAACUUUUUUCUCGUGUCUCCUUAAGGCAUGGAGAUCGUCACACAUUCCUACCACCACUCCUACAACUAUUAUUUUAGGAUUUUUGCUUAUCAUGGAAGCACCAAUUUUUGUAAACUAUCAGCUAGAAAGAUUUUACCAGAACCACCACCGAGCAUAAAUUGGAUGGUGUAUUGGCAUCAACAACACUCUAUCAACGGAACAAAUUUGAUGGUGAACAAGAGUGUCAUCUCUUGGAAGAGUGAUAGGGAGCAUAAAUUUGGAAAACAUGUUUUUGCACCCAAAAAUUUCAGAACAGUGGAAGAUUGGUUCUUUCCUUUUAUGGGUUCCAAUUGUUUAUUUGGCAACUUGGAGAUCCAUCGGAUUUGUCAUGGAAUAGGAUCCAAGCUCACAUUUACAAAUAAACAUGAUGUAUUAUGCAGCAAGAAGAGUAUAUCAAAGGGAGAAGAAUCAAUCAAUUAGAAGCACAGAAAAACUUAAAAAAAUUAUUAAAAAAGUUAUUAAGGAAGAUCUUGAAUUUAAUGAGAUCCAUGAAAACAUAGUCUUGUUAGUUGUAAUUCAUAGUUUUAUAAAAAAUUAGCAUUCGAUUUUGUCAGUCGAAGUAGUUAGUCAAAGUAGUAGGAGUCAGUUGUAUUCGAAGGGCUUGAUAUGAUGUAAAUAACAACUUCACUUAAUAAGGAUUCUAUUUAUCACAAA